AAUACAAUAUAAAUUUCUAAUUGCGUAUUUUAAAUUCUAGAAUAUAUUAUCUGCAUGUGAUGUAACAGAAAGCAAAAUGCAUAAAAAAUUUUCUAAAGGUUGCAAUUCUAGUAAACGUAAAGGAGAAAAAACUAUUGAUCAGUUGAUGAAAUUUUUAGCCAAUUAUGGCACGGCAGAAGAGAAACUUCAAGCCCUGUAUAAAAAGCAUCUAGAAGUUUUGGAAGAACAACGAAAUUUCGAAAGUAGAAUAAAACAGUCCGAAAGACAUAAUAUUCAGUUGACUAGAGAAAAAGAACAACUUCAAGCCGAUCACAAUAGAGCCGUUUUGGCAAAGAGUAAACUGGAAAGUUUAUGCCGAGAAUUACAGAGACAAAAUAAAGCAAUCAAGGAAGAGAGUCUUCUACGUAUUAGGGAGGAGGAAGAAAAAAGAAAAGAAUUAGUUGGAAAAUUUCAGACUACUCUCAAUGAUAUUUCGACUUUGAUGCAAGAAAAUCAACAGAAGAGCACUCAGCUGAAAGAAGAAAAUAUCGAAUUAGCCCAAAAGUUAAAAUCUCUGGUUGAUCAUUACGAUUUAUGGGAAAAGCAUAUGGGAAAAGUUGUAAGACAAAAGGAACUAGAAUCUCAAUUAGCUAAAGCAAAACUAGCCAAAACAAUGUUACAACUUAAACAAGAAAGGGAGAAUUUUCUGAAAGAGAAACACCAACUGUUGGAAAAUAUUAAUGAACUACAAAAAAGAAGUACUGAAUUAGCUUCGACGGAAUUGAAACUACGAAAUGAGCUGAGUCUGUACACUUCGAAAUACGACGAAUUUCAGGGAGUUCUUCGAAAGAGCAACGACGUUUUCAGCUCGUUUAAGAGCGACAUGGAUGCGAUGUCAAAAAAGAUUAAAAAACUUCAAAAAGAAACUGGUCAAUGGAAAACCAGAUGGGAGAGUAGUAAUCGUGCACUUAUUGAGAUGGCAGCUGAAAAACAAAAACGAGAUCAAGAAUUGUUAACGUCACAGCAGAGAGUACUUACUUUAGAAAAGUUAUGCAGGGCUCUACAGACAGAAAGAAUAGAGUUACAGAACCAGAUAAAAAAUCAACUCAAUCAAAUUGGUAAUAUUCUUUUUUAUACACUUUUUAUUAACUUAUCUGCACAAACAGGCAGACGGAAUAAAAUCUUAUCACUCAAUUUUCACUCACUUCCCAAUUUCUGAUCUAGUUUAGACUUU